AUGAACUAUCACUUGUCUCUUUUGGUUGUCUUCAGUCUUUUUGUGUCUCCAUGCCACAGCGGCUGUGCGGAGGUGGACUCCCUGACCGAGGCUGUGGCGGGAGGAGGAUUUUUGAUGGGCUGCAUUUCCUGUAAAAGAAGAGAGGAGGUCUCUGCCCAAACCACCGUAGACUGGCACUUCAAACCCCUGGGAGAGGAGGAGUUCAGGCAUAUUUUCCACUAUGACCACCCGAGUGCCGAGAUCCUCCAUGAAGAUUUUCAUAACCGUCUGGAGUGGCACGGGACACAAAACCACGAUAUUCAGACUGGAACCAUUUACAUCCACAACGUCACCUUCAAUGACACGGGGACAUUCCGCUGCACCUUCCACCGCACCCUCCUCCUGCCGCUAGCUGAGGAGCACGUCACUGUGACAAAGGAGGUGGAGCUCAGCGUGGUGGCUGUAGCCAAUCGGGAGCUGACAGCGGUGAUCUCAGAGAUAAUGAUGUGUGUGCUGAUCGUGGUUCUGCAGCUGUGGCUCAUUGCGGUUCUGGUCUACUGCUACAAGAAGAUUUCAAAUGAGCACGAGGCUCAAGAGGCCCGUAAAGCUCUCAAGGCUCAGAAGACAGCACUGUUAGAACCUAAAGACAACUGCGACAGGGUGCAGCUGGAAUAACAUCAUGGGUCAGUCAGAUUUACCAACAUUCACAGGCUCUCAAAAAUAUUUGCUUUAGCAAAAUGUAGGAUAAUAUGAUCAGAUUAGGAUGAUAUGACAUACAGUACAUAACCACAUCUCUGUAAUUGUGUUAUUUUUAAUUGUGUAUCCACCAGGUAAAAAGAAAUCUUUGCAAGAUUCAAGCUGAAGGUUGCGUUUAAACGGCCUGGACACGCACACAUGUGCAUGCAACCUGCAUGGUUGACUGGCUGCAAAAGCUGAUGGUUUAAGUGGCAGCAGGCAGGAGAGAAAUCCCUUAGAUGUCAGUGAAACGAGGUAUCUAAGGUGUCAUGCUACUAAAUGCCCGAAGGUUUGUGGAUUUAAAAAAAAGAAAGCAAAAACUGAAGCAGAAUAAAGUAAAUGGGUUUUUUGUGCACUGCGCGUGCUGUGUGGGCAGUUACUUAAGUGUAGAAACUAAUGAACUUCUCAGUGUUAACUUUGACAAUGAGUCACUGUUGAGGAACCACCCUUGUUUUCAGGAUGUUGCCAAAGACAGUUUAGUGCAAAUGCUGUGUAAUGUGUGUUUUCUUUUUAAUACUCAGUGGGAAAAUAAACAACACUGAUCUCUUUACCAAACUACUGCUGUGCCUGCUAAUCUCACUGUGGAAUAGAGUACAAAAAUAUUUAUCUGCAUAUAUCACUAUCACUAAUACUACUCUGUGGUAGGUUUCGGGCAACACACACACACACACACACACACACACACACACACAAUUACAACAGAACAGUGAGUUAAAGGUCAUUUGGGGGUGAUUGUGCUGUAACUCAAUCCAGUCUGAGCUGUGCUGCAGACGGUCCUCUGGUCUGAAAGCAACUUUGUUCUCCUGUGUCAGCACGGCACCAUCCGCACACACUCCUGCUGCAGAAUGUGGGCAUUAGAAAAUUUUAAAUACAUGGGACAAUACUACACCAGUACAGGACACUGAUUUACAGUAUGUCAUGGUACACCACUGCCUCAGUAUACUGAGUUUUUGCCUUUGCCCUGUGACCUCCUCGUUUCAUUAAACGUGUUGACAUGUUGAACAUGCUGCUUUUUUUUUUUGGCAUAAAAGUAUAGAAGGAGGGCACAUUAUGUGACUAAGAGAACGGGGGUUGUACAUAUUUAUCUGAGGUUACCAACUGCUUCUAGUCCUGCUGGAGACAUGACCUGGAAUGAUCACUGAUGCAAAAACAGAUUCCAGAUCCUUGUAAGGUAGGCUUUUCUUUGCUCUGCUCGAAAUCUUAAUGUGGAUAUAAUUCGAACAAAUUAAUUACCAUAUAAUUUAACCUUUACUGUCAUGACACCAAAACUAACUCAGCGCAGCCAAUAUUUUAAGAAUGUGCAUCCAAUUUUAAAGAUCAGGUUUUUUUGGGUGGGAGUCAGAAAACACAUUUCAGGUGUAACUUUAACAUAUGACAAACUAAAAGGGAAUUUAAUACACAUUUGUAAAUUAACUGUGAAAUGGAGUAUCCUGAAAUUGAUUUCUCAGUAUUUCCCUCUCAAGAUUUAUGAUUUAAAGUGAAAACAUGUCAAAUCUUUUAGCACCUGUCGUCAUGUGGAAAUCAGAAACCAUAUUUCUAUUUGUCUGUUGCCUUGUGCUGUGGGUUAGGAGGAAUACAUCAGAUUUUAAUCACACUAAAUAAUACAAUAGUAAAUUAUACUAUACUUUCUGCAGAUAUUAAUCUUUGCCGUACU